UUCAGUCUUCCAUGCCCAAAAGCAAAAUUGAAGCAACAGACGGAAAAAGUUAGUGAACGAGUGUGGAACAAAAUAAAAUAAUGUGAGCAAACGGCGGCAAAUAGUGCAACAAUUAAAAUCCCUCAUUUUUUAUUUAUGUUGUGUUAAAAUCGUAAUUUAGUGAUUAUUACGGGUAGUGGCACAGCGCGCUUUGAAGAAUGUAAGUUAGCUUAAUACUUUUGGAUUCGUGCAAACCGCGUAUGAAUAUAAGCAAGAAAGAAAUUCAAUUCGUUCGAAUAAUAUACGCUGUGCUGUGUAAGCUAUUUACGCUGUUGGAACAAUGUCAUGUCGAUAAGGCGUGGUGGUGAGGAGUAGAUUGAGUGUUAGUGAGCUGAUGAGCCAUGGCCAACUCCCAAUUAAAUAUGAAAUUUUAAAUCGAAAGAGAGGCGUUAAAAAUUGCACAAUUUAACAACAAUUUCAUUAUUUUUGCAAUCGAGUGUGUUUUAUCGAGUAUAAAUUUUGUGUCUUAUGUGGUUUAAAUGAUUUUGUUUUACACCAAUGCAUGCAAAUUCAAAGAAUAUAUAAGAAAUAUAAUAAUUGUAAGUGUGUUUUGUAUAUCUGUUUAAAAAUUAUAAGCAGCGAACAUCUAUUUCUACGUAAAUAAUGCAAUAGUUCAACAACAAGUAAUUUGAAACGAAAGUUAACAAAACUCAUGCAAAUAUGAACUCGUUAACUUGGAAAUUCAUUUGAUAUUCAUAAUUGCGAGUUUAUAGUCAAUUACAAGAAAGCGGCUGAUGUUGAUAGUGAUAGUAAAAGUUGUUGUAAAAGUGAAGUGUAUAGCAAAACAGGAAAGAUAGAACAACAACAAAGUGUCUCAAUAAGGUGUCAAUUCAAAGUGAAAACAAAACAAGAUGACGUCGACGAUUGCAGCGACGACGCCAGUGUGGAAGGAGGCGAAUAGCAAACAUGCUUUCGGGAUUGCAAAAUGCAAUUUCGAUCAGGAAGAUAAGCCACAUCGUUUGAGUCUGGAUGUAGGUGAUUCAGUUGUGAUACUGAAGGAUACAACACAUUGGUAUUAUGGUUAUAAGCAGAGGCAUAAAGAACAACGCGGCAUAUUUCCGAAAAGCUACAUACAUCUGUGCGAUUACACAAUCGUCAAUGGUGAGUAUUGCAUCAAACGUACAGAGAUCGUUGAGGAAAUCACCAAAGUUCUAUUGGAAUGGGGUUCCAUAUUGAAACAGUAUUUUUUGGUCACACAUUGCGACUUUAAUUCCAUACGCGCAAAAAUGUUCGAGUUGAAUAACAAUCGCGCAUUGCUCAUAUCGGGCAAUUUGCCUGUGGACGAGAUGCGUAAAGUGAAGCUGAUGGCCACAUCGCAAAUCGACACAGGAAACAGUCUGCUGGGGUUAGAUAUGGUGGUGCGUGAUGAAAACGGCGACAUAUUGGAUACGAAUGCGAUAUGCACAACGGAAUUGUAUGAGCAUCAUAUGAAUGCGCAGGACCGCAUUUUCAAAGCGAAUCGUCCGCAAACAAUUCAACGUUCACCACGCCCACUCAACAAAUACUCGCACAACAUAUUGCUGCAUGUGAACGCGUUCGUGUGCAAGUUCCAAGAGGACUCCGAUCUGCUCUUCACACUAUUCGACGGCGAAACACAUAAGCCGAUAAGCGAAAAUUAUGUGGUGAAAUGGUCACGCACCGGCAUAGCACGUGAUAUCGAUCAAUUCGAUAAUAAUCGUGUACUCUUCACCGAUCUCAGCAAAGCCGAUCUGAGCAUACCGAAAAUGUAUCUUGUAGGCUAUGCGGUACGCGUUGGUGCCAUGGAAAUGAAGGAUCAUGAUUCGAAACGCGCCAGUAUAACCACAGCCAUGUUAACGCCAUCGAGCAAGAAACACUCACAACUCUCGAUCAGUUCGAGUGGUUCAUUUAAUAGCACCGAAUAUAUAAUGCGACGUCCAUUCGGUGUCGCCUGCAAAGAUCUCACACCCAUAUUACAUAAGCCAGAAGACUUCCGUGGUAAUCUGGACUUGCCAUUCAUGCUGUGCGAAAAGGACACGCUAGAUGGCACGCUGCGCAAAUUGAUCGCUAAUAAAGAUAUUGGCAAGAUCGAUUCGAAAAUGGCUGUGACCAUUGAGGUGUUGCAAGGUGAUAUUAAACAAAUUAAAGAGGAUUUCCCACGUUUGCUACACACAAAUGUGCCGUUGGCGCGUAAAAUGGGUUUCCCCGAGGUGAUAUUGCCCGGCGAUGUGCGCAAUGAUCUGUAUUUGACACUUUGUGGUGGUGAGUUUGCGCGCAUUGCGAAGACAUCGGAGAAGAAUGUCGAGGUGACGGUGUAUGUGUGCAAUGAACAGGGGCAAGUGGUGCCCGGUGUGAUGAGCAUCGGCGCCGGGCUUCCACCCAUUGACGAAUACAAGUCGGUGGUGUACUAUCACGACGAUAAGCCCAAGUGGCUGGAGACCUUCAAGAUCCAUGUGCCCAUAGACGAAUUCAAACAGUGCCAUUUGAAAUUCAUUUUCAAGCAUCGCAGCUCCAACGAACAAAAGGACAAAUCGGAGAAACCCUUUGGCUUGUCAUAUGUUAAACUAAUGCAGGACAACGGCACGACAAUACUGCAAGGACAACAUAACCUGGCAGUGUACAAGAUGGACCACAAGAAGUAUGACAAGAACAAUGCCAAUGUUUACAUGGAAUUGCCUGCGACGGUUGGUGAAUUGCAAGGCGCCAAGCCAUCCCUAGGCGGUUUGUCGCUAUUUCCCAAGGAUCAACUCACGAUUUGCGUGAAUUUAUGCAGCACAAAACUGACACAAAGCGUGAGUCUAUUGGGCUUGUUGAACUGGUCUGCGCAUAAGGAAACACUGGAGGAGUCUUUGAAUGCGCUUUCGAAUGUGCCCGGCGAAGAAGUGGUGAAAUUUUUGCAGGACAUACUCGACGCUUUAUUCAACAUUUUGGUUGAAAAUGACGAUCCCGAACGCUACGAUCAGCUGGUAUUCAUGAGUAUUAUACACUUAAUUGAAACCGUAUCCGAUCUGAAAUAUCAACAUUUCCUAACGGUUUUGGAUGUGUACAUAAAUGAGAGCUUCUCAGCGACGCUGGCUUAUAGUAAGCUAAUUAAUGUGCUGCAAAAGAACAUCAGAGAAGCCAUCGAACCAAAGGAAAAAUCAGCUGAUGGCAUUGAGAUUGAGGAGCGUGUGGAGGUGAAGCGUCUAUAUAAGACCACCAGAUAUCUGCAUUAUGUAAUCAAAUUCGUUAUACGCUCACGUGUGCUCUUCGCGGCCAUCAAUGGCAAUUCGGAUUACGAUGAUUUUGCCAAUAAGCUGCAUGAACUACUGGAGAUGUUCAUCAAAAUGAUUGCCUGCCCCACUGACUUGCUGAAGUCCGAAGGCGCGUUGCUUAAGAAUUUGCACAUCAUUGCCACGGAUCUGAUGGCGGUGUUUGAUGAAGUGCGCCUAAGUAAUGUGAUUGUCAACAUCUUGCGUCAAUUCCCACCACGCCGCUUAACGCAAUCCAAAAUGGGUUGCAUUAAGGACUUUGUCGAUUCCAAACUCUUCCUCUCACCUGAUUGUCGCGCUGUGCUACUGCCUGUAUUCUGCAAUCACAUCAAGGAUCGGCUCGAGAGCAAAGAAGAGGGUGACACGAAAUCUGAUAUAUGGCAACAAGAAAAGAAUCUCUCGAAAGCAGCUAAAGUCCUCGGACAGUUAAAAUCCGAUCUGCACACACGUGAAACAACUGCCAAACAAAAGGUGAACGAAUGUAUCGUCAUCAUGAACAACAUACUGCGUCUGCUGUACCGCCAGGACAUCGGCAAGACACACAACGAUGUGCGCGACUUAAUGCUCAUCUUGCUGCGCACCAUUAUCAAGACGUCGCACGCGCUCGAUCGCGAAAAUCAAUUGGUGGGUAAUUUGGUAGCCAUAAUGUUGGGCAUAUUGCAGCGCAUGGAUGAGGCACAUUACGAAACCUUCGUGAAGCAUUUGAACAAUCGUUUUGAGCUGCAGGACUUCAUCAUUGAAAUAUUGCUCGUUUUCGAGGAGCUCGUGUCGCCACAUCAGAAGCCAGUAUUUUCACGUGAUUGGAUGGAUAUGAUUAUGCAUCAGAAUACCGUUAUAUUGCGUUCGUUGCAACAUGUAUCGGUGGUGAUUAUCGAUCACUUCCUCAAUCCCUUCGAGAAGCAAGUCUGGUCGAAUUUCUUCCAAUGCUCCAUAGCAUUCCUCAUACAAUCACCGUUACAAUUGAACGAUUUCAAUGAUAAUAAACGACAAAUCAUAUUCGCACGUUAUCGUGAUAUACGCAAGGACACAGCGCAAGAGAUACGUAAGAUGUGGUUCCAAUUGGGCGAACACAAACCGAAAUUUGUGCCACAACUCGUGGAGCCGAUACUCGAAAUGAGCAUGAUACCCGAGGUGGAGUUGCGCAAAGCGACCAUACCGAUAUUUUUCGAUAUGAUGCAGUGCGAGUAUUACAGUUCGAAAAUGCUGCCGAACAGCUAUGGCGAUACGAAACGCAAUAAUUCGCAUUACAAAGCGAACUUUAACGAAUUCGAAACGGAAAUGAUCGAGAAGCUCGAUAUACUAAUUGGCGCGGGCAAAGGCGACGCCGAGUACAAAGAACUCUUUCAGUGCAUUUUGUUGGAGAUGUGUCAGGCGCACAACACGCUCAACAUAGAGGGCACCAAAUUCGUGAAUAUGGUAACGAAACUCAUGGAACGUCUGCUCGAGUAUCGUUGCAUCAUACAGGAUGAGAGCAAAGAGAAUCGCAUGGCUUGCACUUUUUCGCUCUUACAAUUCUAUUCGCAGGUGAAUCGCAAAGAGAUGUACAUACGUUACGUGUACAAACUGUGCGAUCUGCAUAUGGAGUUCAACAACUACACCGAGGCGGCCUUCACGCUGAAAUUGCACACCGAAUUGCUGCAGUGGACCGAUACCGAGUUGUCGCCACUCUUGCGCUCACACCGACACAUGGCAUGCCGCACGCAUCGCGAGCUCAAAGAGGCACUGUAUUAUGAGAUCAUCGAGUACUUUGACCGCGGUAUGAUGUUCGAAUGCGCCAUUGAUAUGUGUAAAGUGCUGGCGCAGGAGUAUGAGAACGAAAUCUAUGACUACUUGAAAUUGGCCAAACUGUUGGUGAAGAUGUCACAGUUCUUUGAGAAAAUAUUGAAAGAAUUCCGCCACACUUCGGAGUAUUUCCGUGUCUGCUUCUAUGGUUUGGGCUUUCCACGCUUCUUACAGAAUAAAGCCUUCGUAUUCCGCGGUGAGAACUAUGAGCGUUUAAGCGAUUUCUGCUCACGCAUUUUAGCGCAACAUCCACAAGCCGAGCUCAUGCAAACGCUAGAGUUGCCAGGCGAGGAAAUAACACAGGCCGAUGGGCAAUUCAUACAGGUGAAUAAGGUGGAGCCUGUGAUGAAUGAGAAUUGCAACAAAUUCGAGGGCAAGAUGGUGUCGAGCGAGAUCGUGAAAUACUUCUCAACGAAUAAUGUGCAAAAGUUCCAGUUUUCAAGACGUUGCGAAAGCAUGGGCGGAGGUCCGGAUGAUGUGCGCAAUCUGUGGCUGGAACGAGUCGUGAUGACCACAAGCUUUGCGCUGCCGGGCAUACUGCGUUGGUUCCCCGUAACGGAAACAAAGAAAUUCAAAAUUUCACCCAUCGCUUUGGCUAUCGAAACAAUGAAGAAGACCAAUAAGGAAAUACGCGACCUGAUCAUCGAGCAUAGAAACGACGAAACGCUGGAUAUAAAAACAUUGAGCAUGAAAAUCACAGGCAUUGUUGAUCCAGCGGUGAUGGGUGGCUUCAGCAAGUAUGAGAACGCUUUCUUGACAGACGACUAUUUGGAGGAUCACAUAGAUGAACGGCAUUUGGUUGAUGAAUUGAAAGAUCUCAUCGCAUCACAAAUACCGCUACUCGAGAUUGCCAUUACACUACAUAAACACCGUGCACCCGAGAGUUUGAAACUCUUCCAAGAGCACAUGGAACAGUGUUUCGCCGAUAUGCAGGCGAAUGUGGAGAGUAAAUACGGCAAGAAGACUUGUGACUUGAAAUUGGAUCGCGAGUCGGUUAUAAUGCGUCGCAACGGUUCCUUCAUGCCUGGCAUGUUCGAGGGCAACAAUCGCCUGUCGGAGACGAGCAUGGGCUCUUCAGAUAGCGGCUUGUCGAAGUCUACUUCCUCGACACGACCACAAACCAGUUCGAUAAAAUCCACAUUCGCAAGUUUUAAUUUCAGUCAAAGACCUAGCCUCGGCCAUUCGCCCAGUACAAAGAGCAAGUCUAAAGAGAAACGGCGCUCAAUGAAAAAGUUGGAUCGUGAAACGUUAAGUUUACCGGUAGCCAAUAGUCAAUGGUAUACUACACAACCGUUAUCAACAAUAACCUCAACACCCGAACGAGAAUCAAUUACAUCUAUAAUAAGCGCAUCAAAUACUUCCUUGACAGCUAAGUCGCCGGAUCCGAAAGUGUUGACACAAGAGUUAACCACCAAGCGUCCAUUGCGCUCUGAGAAAGAAAAGGAACGUCGCAUGUCACGUCCUGCCAGUAUUGCUACACCCACAACCGGCAUGAAAGGAUUCAGCAGCAUAGAUGCGCACUCGCUGUCAGGAGCCGACAGCAGUAAUCGGAAUUCAGUUGAUACAACAGAUUCCACAUCAGAGGAGGAUCUCAUACCACCACCACUACCAGCAAAAACACGCGACUCAACCGAUUUUAGCAGUUUUACUUACAGCAUGGACUUCCCAAUAACACCGCUUAGUCCCUACACACUAACCACCGUCACCACAACAACCACACAACAACACACCAGUAUUUCAAACGGUUCUUACGAAUAUGUGGAGGCCAAAAAUUUCGUGCUCACUGAAAAGCGGCCACCCACACCGCCACCAAAGCCCUCGCGCAAUAGCAAACACAUUCCAUAAAUUUUGGGUGGGUGUGGAAAACAAGCAAUUAUGUGUGUAGUCCAAACUGCUAAAUGUGAAACACAGAGGAAGAAAGGACAAAGCAGUAGUGUAAUUAAUGCUGUGAAAGUGAAGCCAUAAUGAAAACUGUUAUUUGAGUGCGUGUGAUUGAGUGAUUACAGCUGGAGUAAAAAUGAAAAAAAAUCAAGUCAAAACUAAUGGAAUUGAUGUGUGUAUAAUAAAAACAAGUGCCAAAAAUAUAAUUUAAACAAAAAAAAAACAAUACAAAAAUGGGUGGAGUCGCGCCUUAACCAUGUAUAUAGUAAAGAGAGCGGGAGAGCGUGCGCCGGCACACAAUUUUGUGCGAACGAACGAAAGCGUUUAGCGUUGAUAGCAGCAAUAUUUAUAUGUAAUGUCUAAUAUAGUAAACGAUAUUAAGUUAUUUCGGAAUCUGUAUUGAUUUUGAUAAUUUUUCGAUUUCAAAAAAUACGCUUUAGUUCUAGUUACUUGUCUUCCUAAAUUAACUAAACGCACAGAUUGAAAUGAUUUAUAUACAUAUGUACAUAUAUAUAUAUGUAUUCAUUUUUGCGCAUUUUAUUUAUUCUUUUAUUGGAUUAAUUUAAUUUCAUGCCUAUUAAGCACUUCGCUGCAAACCAAGUGCUCUCGUAUGAGUUGAUAUUAAUUUCGUCGUGCACUUUUAAUAUUUUUGUCUAUGUAUUUAUGUGUAUAGUUUAAUUAUGAUUUAAUUAGUUAUAGUAAGACGACCACCACGAGCCAUUUAACGGUUUCAAAUAUACACAAAUACCCACACACACUAAAGCGUACUGAAUAAUUUCAGUAUUCGUAAAGUAACGAAGUCGAGUUGAAACAGGGUUUUAAAUGUAAUUUUUUAAAUAGCACAAAUUUACAAAAAAAAAAAUCCACUUUUUAAUACGAAAAUUAAAAUAAAUAACAGAAAAUAAUACAAUAAAUGAAAAAAAAACACCAACAAUUUUUUAUAAAAAUAAUAAUUACUUUGUUAUUAACUUAUAUGACAGAAGUGCCACAAUUCUAUUGUAAAAUUUUGUUAUUUGCAACAAACAGAGCCACUAUUUAUACAAGUACACAUACAUAUUUACAUGUGCAACUAUUUUGAAAUUUUACAAAAUUCAAAAACAAACAAAUUAUGCCACAUAACGAAAAUGAAAAAGCGCAUAACUAGAAAAUAGCAAAACGCAAAACGCAACAAACUGCAUAUAUGCACAAUGUAUGUAUGUAAAUAAUGUAAGCCAGCAUUUCAAUUGAACAAUUUCGUUAUUAUAUAGCAAAAUAUGUACUAAAUAGUUUAAGCAGAAGAAACAUUUUUUAUUAUGUAAGUAAGUAUAUUUAUAUGUUAUGAACAAUACAAAAUGUUGUAACACAUUUAUUGUGUUCUUUAUACACACAUAUGAAAUAGCAUAAAAUUUACAAUUUUUAUAUAAAAAAUGUAUUAAUGUUAAUGGUAAAUAAGCAGAACACUUAUGAUUUACUUUUUCGAAACAUAAAUAUUUUUGAUUUAAUUUUAUUUUACUUUACUGAGAAAUGCAAUAAUUUGUGUAUUGCCUUAUCUACUACAAACACACACAUACGUGUAAAUGUGCAUUUUUAAUUUAACUUAAUUAUUCGCUUUAUAGUAUUUUAAAACUUAUCAUUCACAAUCUACUCAAAAGUAUCGUUUAAGUUACUAUUUAAAUACAUUUAUCUGUCAUUUCUUUUGCAUUUUGCAAUGACAACUCAAUUACCACAUACAUACAUACAAUCCUACACCUAUAUACCUAGAAAUGGAAAUUGGCAUACGCCACAAUCUUUGUUUAAUGUAAUUUUUUUUUUUUUUUAUAAUUAAUAUGUUCACCAAAGAUUUAUUAAGAUUAAAUAAAAAAUGUCAAUUCACUUACAGAAUAAACAAUAAACGUUUGAAUGUUA